AUGGCUGCCACAGAUGUUGAGUUCUGGUGCUUCGUUGGUGGGCUUGCAUGGGCCACCAAUAAUGAAGCUCUAGAGAAAGCCUUCUCUGCCUACGGAGAAAUCGUUGAAUCGAAGAUUUCUUAUGAUCGCAAAAUUGGAAGAUCCAGAGGUUUCAGAUUUGUGACCUUUGCUUUUGAGCAAGCCAUGAAGGAUGCGAUUGAUGGCAUGAACGGCUCCAACCUUGACGGCCAUAACAUCACUGUCAAUGAGGCUCAAUCCCGAGGCGGUGGAGGUGUCUUCAGAAGCAGAGGCGGCGGAGGCGGUGGAGGUGGCUUCAGAAGUAGACGCGGCGGUGGAUAUGGAGGUGGCGGAUUUAGCCGCGACGGCAAUGGUGGUGGAUACGAGAGGCGGGAUCGUCAUGAAGGUGGAUACAACAGAAACGAUGGCGGCGGCGGUGGCUACAGAGAAAAAAAUGCAGUUAUUGUUACUGUCAGAGAAGGAGUCGCAACAGAUAGUGGCGACGCUGCGAACGACGCGGUGGAGGAGGGAGACGUCGACGACGAAGCUGAUCCAAUCUUCAUUCUGUCCAAAGAUGCGGUAGUCGUCGAAGAGAGUUUUACAGCGGAAUUGAAUGACGAAUUAGAAGCGCUUCUUGAAAAGAAGAUUAAUCCUUGA